AUGAGGAAGAAAACCAAUGCUAAAAGGCCUCCUCGUGAAAAAGUGUACAAGCUUCCCACAAAGCCUUCCAUUCGCUCCCAAGACCGGACCUUCACUCCAUCCCCUUCUCCUCCUACCUCUCCUCCUCGUUGUGACCCCAUGGCUCGGACCAAAAAUACUCCCAGAUACCCUGCCUCUGCCAAGCCGACGCCACCUCCAAAGGUCACUCCCUCAAAACCUGGCUCUUCAAAACCAAGCUCUUCCAAAGGCAAGCGUCCAGUGGCUGAAGAACCAGUUCUCGAGCCAAUUCAACCCAAAUCCAGGUCGGUUCCAGUGCGUUCAUAG